AUGACGUCAGCCAAACCCUUCAGCACCACGCCAGCAGGUGCGCAACAGCAGCCCACCCCCUUCGAGUUACAUGUUGAGGAUCAGAAGCUACAGGACUUUAAGACCCUACUCAAGCUGAGUCCGGUCGCGAAGGAGACGUAUGAGAACAAGCAAAAUGAGGGAAGCCAUGGCAAGUUUGGGAUUAGCCGGCAGUGGAUCAUUGAUGCAAAGAAGGAAUGGAUGGAGAAGUUCGACUGGCGCAAGGAAGAAGAACGCAUCAACUCUCUCCCCAACUUCAAGACCACCAUCAAAGACGAUGGCAGUAGCAGCUACGACGUCCACUUCGCCGCAUUGUUCUCUAGCAAGCCCGAUGCUAUCCCAAUCGCUUUGUUUCAUGGCUGGCCUGGCUCAUUCUUGGAGUUCCUACCCCUCAUGGAAGUUUUGAGCAAGAAGUACACGCCAGACACACUCCCUUACCACAUCGUCGUACCAUCUCUCCCCGGCUUCGCUCUAUCGUCUGACCCACCUGUAUAUCAGGACUGGAGGGUUGCGGACACCUCCCGCAUCAUGCACAAGCUCCUUCUCUCCCUCGGAUUCGGCGCAUCAGGAUACCUCGUCCAGGGUGGUGAUAUCGGCGCUCUAGUCGCGCGAGAGCUGGCAGCUACGUACGCUGAGUGCAAAGGCAUGCAUCUCAACUUCAUGCAUAUGAGCGACAUCAAAUCCUACUCUUCUCCUGAGGACGAUCUGAGUGAAGCAGAGAAGAAAGGUCUUGAGAGGAUGGACGAGUUCAUGGAGGUAGGACGCGCCUAUGCAAUUGAACACGCAACCAAACCUUCUACCAUUGGUCUCGUACUCUCGAGCUCGCCCAUUGCGCAGCUGGCCUGGAUCGGCGAGAAGUUCCUUGCGUGGUCUGAUCCGUCCACCACACCUUCCCUCAAAACGAUCUUGUCGGAUAUCACCCUGUAUUGGCUUACUGAUUGCUACCCAACGUCAAUCUACACGUACAGAGAAGGCAAGAAAAUAAAGUAUGUAGACAAGCCGACAGGAUACAGCUGGUUUCCAUAUGAGCUUUCGCCCGUUCCAAAGGCUUGGGCAGAGAAGACGGCUAAGAUGGUGUUCUUCAAAGCGCACGAUAAGGGUGGGCAUUUUGCGGCAUUGGAGAGGCCCGAGACUCUGUGGGCGGAUAUCGAGGAGUGGGUCAAGAUUGCUUGGAAAUGA